AUGAAAGUUCCGUCAUUCUCGGACAGGCGGCGACAUGGUCGUUCUCCCCGCCAGUCACCUUCACGCAGCCUUCGUAACAACGGGCAAAGAGACGAACUCCGAGAGAUUUCCAAAGAGACCCUCAAUGUCUUGCCCAGCCUGCUCAACGAACUUGGUACCGCGGACUUCGCUAGACAGUCUAUCAAGUAUUCAUUCGGCUCUCUGAGUCGUCUGGAUCCCCGCCAGUGUCCAUCUUACAGACAACCCGCUAUCAUCAAGGUUGUCAACAAUGAUACUCUUAACGCUGCUAUUGAGCUAUCCUACAGGCCCCAGCCCGACGUUGAAGGGACCAGGAGUCAACCUCCCAUCGUUGUCAAUUUUGCAAAUCGCCAUUCCCCUGGCGGAGGCUGGAUCAACGGCGCUAUGGCCCAAGAAGAGGCGAUCUGCUACCGCAGUUCAUUAGCUCUAAGCCUCAACAAGAAACAUUACCCACUUCAGAGAGACCAAGCCCUCUAUAGCCCUUAUGUACUCGUCAUGCGCGAAGAUAUGCCCUCUGGUCAUAGACUCUCUUCACUGCCUGCAAGGGACCUUCCUGUCGUCAGCGCAUUGACCAUAGCUGCUCUGCGAAACCCCACUGUGCGCGUCUUCCGCAACGUGCCGUACACGAAUCAAUUGUCCCAACCCAACUCGGCAGUCUACGACAAACACGUUUUUGCCCACGAUCGAGACCGGGAUCAUACAAAGGCCAAGAUGAGACUUGGUCUACGCAUGGCAGCCAAGAACAAACACGACAUUCUCGUACUUGGAGCCCUGGGCUGCGGCGUCUAUGGUAAUCCACCAGAGGAUGUUGCCAACUGCUGGCUUGAGGUGCUGAGGGAGGAUGAGUUUUCGGGAAAUUGGUGGCGAGAGGUCUGUUUCGCCAUAUUUGAUCCUAAGAAUGAAGGUAACUUUGAAAUAUUUCAUCAGGUGCUUGAUGGAAGGGGAGUUUAG